UAUUAAUAAUCCCUUUCUUUUAAAACAAACCUUAUUACGAUCUUGUUAUUAUGGGAAACCAACUCUCCCUUCGUCCUUCAAAUGCAGCCACAGCGAAAAUCGUCUUGUGGGACGGUUCCAUUCAUGACUAUGAGCAACCCCUAACGGUGGCAGAGCUCAUGCUAGAGCACCCGCAGCAGGUAGUUGUGGAAUUCGAUUCGGCUUUGACGACGAAACAGAAGCGGCCAACUCCAUUGCCGGCCGACAAGAUGCUUCAGAUGAACAAGGUCUACCUUAUGCUUCCCGUCAAGAAAGGGAAGCCUGUCUCUUUGACCAGCCACGACGGCCGCCGCAUUCUCUUGGCCGUUAACUCUGCCUUGCGUUCCAAGGAAAUCGUCUGUUCCUCCAGGCUUGUUCCGUGGCUCUUGCGUCUUGCCGGCGGGGAGGGUGGGACUAGAGACGCCGGUGGAGGGGUCCGGAGAAGGGAGGAAGAGACGGUGCGGUGCGAGUUUUCAGAGUUUUUGAUGCCGGAGAUGAUGAGGCCGGAGUAUUUGAGUAGGCAACUUUCAGCUGGGAGUAAUGGGUGGAGGCCAAGCUUGGACACCAUUAAGGAGAAGAAGAUUGUAAAGAAACUUAAUCACUGGUUGUUCAUCAAUGGUGUUUAAUUAAUGGUUUCAGGGCAGACCCUUGCAUUUUCUGCUGGGCUUAGAGAUUGGACCAAAGGUUAUUUUUCUCUGAUGGGUCUUUUGUUUUGAAAGUAUUUAGAAUGUUUAAGAGGGUGCUUUGGUCCCAGGCCUGAACAAUAAAAAGAGGAUACUUGUAUCUAAUGUCCAAAAAUAAAAGGUAUCUGUAUCUUAUUUUGUGUGGCCUUUAUGAUGAAUAUUCCUGU